AUGUCGGAGGAGAGAGGAAUGAAUGCAAAGCCACGUCACGGCACGUGCAAGUAUGCCAAGGGCGCAGGCGCUCUCGCUGUGAUCCAAUUGAACGAGGGCUGCAGAGAGGCAGGCGCAGGCGCAGAUCCUGUAACCUUAUUGGUCGAGGACGGGCGGGAGCGCCAUAAGAAGGCGGUAGGCGUUUCUGGCGGCUCUUGGACUGGCGAGACCUGGGCGUGGGCCAUGCUGCCUCAAGACCCCAAAUCGGGGGCCUUCCGGAGGAGUGAGGACAAGCCUGAGGAGAAAGUUGAAACUAUGCAUGGUGUUGUGACAAGAUACUGCAGUUACUAUGGCAUGAUUGAUGAUUUGAUCUACUUCUCCAAUGAUGCUGUGACUAGCAAAGUGAUUCUGAAUGUUGGACAGGAAGUUACUGCAAUUGUGGAAGAAAAUAAAGUAUCAAAGAAACUGAAAGCAAUCAGAGUGGAAGCUAUUUCUAAUCAACAGGGAGACAAGAGCAAAAAACACAGCAGAGAGCUUUCCAACUCCAGCCCCCGAGUGUUGAUUGGCUGUGUGACUUCCUUGAUUGAGGGUGCUGGCUCCAUCAGUCAGACCACGAACUUCUCUCUGGAAAGUGUCUGUAAAG